CUCCGACAUAACAAAGACAUGACACCGCUGCGCCCCGCCCCCAGCUCCAGGACUGUAGCUGGAGGACUCAUCCAGUAUCCCAGAGAGCAAUGUGAGCUGCGCAGGUGACGUGUCGGGUAUUGUGACGUGUUGGUGGGGAUGUGUGUGUGAGAGAAAAAAGGCUUUGAUGCGCACGCAGCCAGGGAGGGCCGGCGGCCGACAGUGAACACCGGCGAAGGUGAAGGUGAGGGUUAUGGCGCUGGAUGUUUUCAAGUUUCAUUCAUCGAUUGCGGUGCUGUCGCUGCUGGCGGCCGCCCUAGGCAUCUCUAAGGGAUUUUACCUUCCGGGCUUGGCCCCUGUCAACUUCUGCGAGCUGGAGAUCGGUGAUUGCAAGAGUUCUAUUGAACUAUUUGUGAACAGGUUAGACUCGGUGGAAUCUGUCUUGCCUUAUGAGUAUGCUGCAUUUGAUUUCUGUCAAUUGGAAGAGGAAAAGCGUCCCUCGGAAAACCUUGGACAAGUCUUGUUUGGUGAGAGGAUUGAGUCAUCUCCAUACAAGUUCCACUUUAAGAAGGAAGAGGUGUGUAAGCACGUCUGUACAAAAAAAUAUAAUCCGGAAAGCAAGGAUGACAAAACAAAGUUGACAUUUCUGAAGAAUGGCAUGCAAUUAAACUAUCAACAUCAUUGGAUUAUUGAUAAUAUGCCAGUCACAUGGUGCUACGAUGUGGAAGAUGGUCAGAAAUUCUGUAAUCCAGGAUUUCCCAUUGGUUGCUACAUAACAAAAGACGGUCAUCCAAAAGAUGCAUGUGUUAUUAGUUCUUCCUUCAAUGAGAAAGACACGUACUAUAUUUUCAAUCAUGUGGAUAUCACAAUAUAUUUCCAUAGUGAAGAUGGGACUGAAGCAAGACUUGUGGCUGCCAAGUUAGAACCAAAAAGCUUCAAGCACACACAUGUUGAUAAGCCCGACUGCUCAGGACCACCUUUGGGUAUCCCUAAUGUAUUUCAAGAGAAAAUUAGUAUUGCCUAUACCUACACUGUUAAAUAUGCUACAUCAAAUAUUAAAUGGGCAUCAAGAUGGGAUUACAUUUUGGAAUCUAUGCCUCACACCAACAUUCAGUGGUUUAGCAUUAUGAAUUCCUUGAUAAUUGUCCUAUUCCUUUCUGGUAUGGUUGCUAUGAUAAUGCUUCGAACCUUGCAUAAGGACAUAGCAAGAUACAAUCAAAUGGAUUCAGCUGAAGAAGCCCAGGAAGAAUUUGGAUGGAAAUUGGUACAUGGUGAUGUCUUUAGACCGCCUCGGAAAGGAAUGAUAUUAUCCGUUUUCCUGGGUUCUGGCACUCAAAUCUUUAUCAUGAUGUUUGUUACUCUAUUUUUUGCAUGCCUGGGAUUUUUGUCACCUGCAAACAGAGGUUCUUUGAUGACUUGUGCGGUUGUCUUGUGGGUGCUGCUUGGGACCCCAGCAGGCUAUGUAGCUGCCAGAUAUUACAAAUGUAAGUAAGAGAGAUUUAAACUGACAGGAUUUCUAUUCAUUAGUUUCAAUUAUCAUCACCCUUUAGCAACUGAGCAACUUAAUUAUGCUUGGAGUAGCCUUUUAAGAU